AUGAGUGCCAUCAUUUGGAAUGCGAGAGGUGUAGCUAGUGUAGCUACUCGUCGGCGCCUGAAGAAACUUAUACAGCUUCAUCAGGCUUAUCUUGUAGUUAUAUUGGAGCUUUUUGUUCUGCAGCAGAAUUUUGCAUAUACACGACGCUAUCUGCGCUUCGAUAGGGGAGCUCAGAAUGAAUCGAAUAGGAUUUGGUUUUUCUGGAAAUCGAGGACUAAUGUUACUGUUAUUGUUGAUCAUCCUCAGUUUCUUCAUGUUAGAGUUGAGGAUUUCAGGCUAGCGCGUCCUAUCUAUUUGACUCCAGUCUAUGCAUCAUGCGAUGCUACUAUCAGGAGAGAUUUGUGGGCAGGUCUUCACCACAUCUCCCUCGAUAUGGACGAUCCUUGGCUAGUUGGGGGAGACUUUAAUGUUAUUACACAUGAUGGAGAGCGCACUGGUCAUAAUACCCGUGAUCGUGGCACUACUGCUUUCUCUGAUAUGAUGUUAGACUAUGGUUUAGAGGUGCGGGUUUCAUUGGAAACCGAUAAACUUGGACCAAUGUGGGUUUCUGAUGAUGAUUUGGGGCCUAGACCAUUCAGAUUCCUCAAUGUUUGGACCAAGCACAAUGACCUUUUAGCCUUUGUCUCCCAGAAGUGGUCGCUCCCUACUCAUCUUACGGGGAUGACCGCUCUUUGGGAAAAGUUCUUCAGGCUGAAACAGGGUCUGCGCUGGUGGAACCGACAUGUAUUUGGAGAUAUUUUUCAGCGGGUGCGCGAUGCUGAGGUUGGGAUUGAUGAGGUUGAGAUAAUAUAUGAUAGAGAUCCCACACCGGAGCACCGCAACUUACUACAUCAUGCCCAGGGGCGCAGGAUCAAAUCGCGUAUCUGGUCUAUCAAGACACAGGCGGGGGAAGUUUUAUCUACUCCGACUGAUAUUCAGACUUCGGUUAUUGCAUUCUACCAGGAUCUCUUAUCUGCUCCUCCACGGCCCUUGGAUCAUAUCCAUUCUAAUGUAAUUCCCAGGCUCUUGACGGUGGACGAUAAUUUGGCACUAAACCGCCCCCCUUGA